UCAAAAUCCAUAUAAGACGUUGAUUUUUUAUACCCAGACUCUUCUUCAUUCUUUUUCUUCUAAUUUAUCAAGUGAGAGGAAGAUUAGUUAUUGACUUUAAAGAAACUUGUCUCUUUGAGCUUACUCAGAGCUCCUGUAUUGCAUCUCUUCUAUGAUAUUCAUUGGAUGAUUUUAUCCUCUUGUAAUUGACACAUUGGAUGCUUAUUGAUGAGGGGGAAUUGCAAGAAAAUGGUAUCAACUCAAAAUAAUUGCAAUGUCACAGAAGUACAAACAAUUCAUGCAUUAGAUUGUGCAACUAAAUCUUGUGUUUCCACCUCUUUGCUAUUAUUUUGAGUUUAUAUCAUUUUAUUGCAGUUGCCCCUAUUGAUAAAGCUAGAUUAAGUUUAAAAUUUGGUUUAGAAGAAUUACUUUCUUCUUGCAGCGUGAUAAAGAGGACAUGGCUGAAUUUGUUAGGAAUUGCCCCGCUGAGUUCAAAGAGUAUUAUGUCCAAAUGCAGGCAGCAAAGAGAAGCCAAACACCUCUUCCUUCUCAGGUGAAUGAUGACCGGAUUAUUCUUGACAAGACUCUUACUGAUCAAGUGUCUAUAUGGAAAAGCAGUAGAGGCCUGACUGAUAAGGUGGUCUUGGACCAUGAUUUCUCUGGAGAAACAUGUACUUACUAUCAAAUUGGAGAUGUAUUUGUUUGUGAGAAGACUGGGCAGGUUCAUGUUUAUGAUGAUACAUGUAGAGAAGCUGUUUUGGACCCUACAAAUGAGCUUUUGGUUUGUACAAUAUCUGGACAUUGUUUUGAUAGAUUGCUGUCACCAGCUGAAAUGGAACAAGACAUUGUAAGAGAGAUCUCUUCUAGCUUACACUUUUGGCUUUUUGUCAUAAAACACACUUAG